UCAAAAUGAUGACUGCUAAAUUCUUAUACUAACCUCAAUGUGCUUUCUGUUAGAUAUAGCACUAGCCCCAUUAAAAAUACUAGUUUGCCUCAUGUCCAAGCUAUAUUGUGUAAGAAAAGCCCUGUGUUGCUAAUACUCAUUUGAAAUCUGGCGCAGUUUGCAGGAGUUGGAUGUAUCAUACUUGGUCCAGUGCUAGAUUAUACGUUUGAAACUUACAUAAAUCUAUUCAAGGAGAGUUAUCCAAGUUUAUUGGUGAUGUCAAAAUAUUUAAUCGGUGUAGGUGCCAUACUUCUUGGAAUAGGAUUUGUAGGUCAAUGUGGUGCUACUAGUGGUAGCACAAUAUGUUUAAUCCUUUUUAUGUUCCUUGUUGCUGGAGGUAUAGCGGUACAGCACUUUUUAGAACACAAGGUGAUGGAACAUAUUCCCCACAGCAAUGAGCUAUAUAAUAAGGUGGAGGAUGCGCUACGAACAUGCUUACAAUUAUAUACAAAAUCCGUUUUAUUGCAAAACGCUUUUGAUUAUCUACACGUGCAGGGUAAAUGUUGUGGGGUCACAGGCGCUGGCGAUUGGAUCGAUAUACAGAUUCCGCGACCUCAAAGCUGUUGUGAAUCAUUAACACUUGGCUUUUGCGUUGAUCAUUACGAACCAGGAUGCACAGAAUUCUUGCACAACUUCAUUGAGAAAAAAACAAGAUGGCUGCCAGAAAUUGCAGAUAUAAUCCUCGGGUUUCAGGCAUCUACUCUUGCUCUGACCCUUCUUCUGCUAAUUACGGGAUAGACUAGAACGUCGUUACUAACUUUGUUUUAAAGUACCUAUAGGUAC